AAUGUUAUAGUUCAUUCGUUCCGAAUUAAUGUCGUUCGAUGCUGAUCAACACAAACACGAACGUUAUCAAUUGCAUUUUGGCUCACUAGUCCUAUGAAACGGUAACUUCGUGUUGAGAAGCGUUCUAUUUUUCCCAUCUUGCGUUUGGAGCCAUGAACGCAUCACCGGCCAUCCUGCCUCCGAGGGCAACAUCAACUUUGAGAAUGCUAAGCUAAACUGCGUGAGAUGACCUCACUUUAGUUGCCUUCACCUUCAGGCGUUGACCUUAACGCUCCUCUUCCACUCGAACCCGACCGGAACGCUGAGAUACACCGGGUGCGUUGUUCGUCUUCAUUUUACAAGCUUCUCUGGAAUCACAUACAGAUGUCAUGGCUUUUUCACGGGCAGCCAAUGGCGCUGGUGGAGAUCCGCGAAUACCGCGAGGGCGACGGCCCGGCGGUGCGGGAACUCUUCACUUUAGGCAUGAGCGAGCACGUGCCGACGUCCUUCGUGCACGUCCUGAAGCAACCGCUGAGCCAGAUGCUUCUGGUGUGCACCUUUUGCGCCCUCAUGGCCAGCUCCAAGUCCUUCUUGCUGCCCAUCCUUGCUGUCACACUGCUGCUGGCCGCUGCCCGCCAGCUGCUGGUCCACAAGUUCAACGGCUACAUUGAUGCGUGCUGUGGUGCCGACCUGGCCCACAUCGGUGACACCUACAUGUCGCCUCCCGACGCCUGUUUCUGGGUGGCCGAGUGCGAGGGUCGCCUUGUGGGCACCGUGUCCUGCUUGCCUAACCCCAGCUACCCGGACUGCCUGGAGCUCAAGCGCAUGUCAGUGCGGCGCGGAUACCGUCGUACCGGCGUUGCCAAAAAACUGUGCCGGACAGUAGCGGAGUUCACGCGAGCCAGGGGCUACGCCGGCGUGGUCCUGGUCACUUCGGUGGUCCAGACGGAUGCGCAAAAGCUAUACGAAGGCCUGGGCUACAGCAAGGUGCGGGAGUUUGUGGAGGCCGACAUUGCUGCCAAGCUCAUGAACUUCUCACUCUUUGAGUACAGAUUGGACCUCGUCCAAAAGUGAGUCUCUUAGUUGGGACAAAACAGGUUUUGUUUAGCAUAAACGGGACCAUGCACCAAUUUUCUUUUGGAUUAAAAAAACAAAAAAAACAAAAAUUGAUGUCUUUUCAUCAGCUUUAUCUUCUGGUCCAAAAUGCAGCACAACAAAACUGCAAAUUGAAAAAAAGUCACAUUUGGAUGGAAAGUUUUUUCAUUUUGGUGCUCUUACAGUGUAUCCCAAAAAUGAGUAGUGAGUACACCCCUCGCAUAUCUGCAGAUGUUUAAGUUAGGGCUGUCAAACCAUUAAAAUUUUUAAUCGAGUUAAUUACAGCUUUAAAAUUAAUCAUAAUUAAUUGCAAUUCAAACCAUCUAUAAAAUAUGCCAUAUUUUUCAGUAAAUUAUUGUUGGAAUGGAAAGAUAAGACACAAGAUGGAUAUAUACAUUCAACAUAUGGUAUAUAAGUACUGUAUUUGUUGAUUAUAACAAUAAAUCAACAAGAUGGCAUUAACAUUAUUAACAUUCUGUUAAAGCGAUCCAUGGAUAGAAAGACUUGUAGUUCUUAAAAGAUAAAUGUUAGUACAAGUUAUAGAAAUUUUAUAUUAAAACCCCUCUUAAUGUUUUCGUUUUAAUAAAAUUUGUUAAAUUUUCAAUCAAAAAAUAAACUAGUAGCCCGCCAUUGUUGAUGUCAAUCAUUACACAAUGCUCAUGGGUGCUGAAGCCUAUAAAAUUAGUCGCAUCCAAGCGCCAGCAGAGGACGACAAAACUGCAUAAAACACAAGCAACAAAGUGACAUUGCACUGCGCUGUCAUUUUAAUCUGUUUGAGCGGGGCAUGUGUGUUAAUUGCAUCAAAUAUUUUAACGUGAUUAAUUUAAAAAAUUAAUUACCCCCCGUUAACGCGAUAAUUUUGACAGCCCUAAUUUAAGUAUAUCUUUUCAUGGGACAACACUGACAAAAUGACACAACACUGACAAAAUGACACUUUGACACAAUGAUAAGUAAUCUGUGUGCAGUUUAUAUAAUAGUGUUCAUUUAUUUUC